GCGACAGUCCGUUCGACGGAAUCGGCACAACUACAUGUCAUCUGAUCUCUCAUACCGGUAUAUUAUUAUUAUCAACUAACGAAAAUAAAAUACAUUCGACAAUUUUCGGUUAGUUUUCUAAAUACCUACGAGUGUUUUGACCUGAAUUAGUGAUUAAAAAACACGAUGAUAUUGUUGAGGUGACAGUUUGGGUUGUUUCAAAGUUAGUGGAAGAACUGUUUCUUUGUUGUUGAAGAAAAAGACUGAUUCGAGAUGUUGGAGUUUUAUCCGCACAUGAUUAACCCGGCGAUGUUACCGGAUCAUGGAGCGACGAUGAGCGGGCCUGACUGUAACGGCAGAUCGGAGAUUCCGAAUGCUCAUCUAAUAAAAUGCGAAAAAACGUACGAGAUGUGCGAAGGUUGCGGUCAAAAGAUCCACGACCGGUAUUUAAUGAGAGUAGGCGAUGCAAGUUGGCACGAACACUGUCUGUGCUGUAGUGUUUGUGGUGUUCUUCUGUCCCAUUCUUGCUACACAAGAAACAUGAAGUUAUACUGUAAGGCUGAUUAUGAUAGAAUAUUUGGUGUAAAAUGUUCAAGAUGCGGAGACAGACUUCUACCCCACGAAAUGGUUAUGAGAGCCCAACAACACGUUUAUCAUUUACCUUGUUUUGUUUGUGUAGUUUGUUGCCAGCCUUUACAGAAAGGUGAGCAAUUUGUUUUAAGAGCGGGCCAAUUAUUUUGUCGGCAAGACUUUGAAAAAGAAUUGUAUCUGAUGCAGCAAACGCACAGCGGAGACGAAGACUUACUAGAUGAUUCAAGUAGACCGAGAGAUGGAAGAAGAGGACCUAAAAGGCCUAGAACGAUAUUAACGUCAGCGCAGAGAAGACAGUUUAAAGCAUCGUUUGAGGUCAGUCCAAAGCCCUGUCGGAAAGUCAGAGAAGCCCUAGCAAAAGAAACAGGACUGAGCGUGCGAGUCGUACAAGUGUGGUUUCAAAAUCAGAGAGCGAAAAUGAAAAAGAUACAAAGAAAACAGAAGCAGGAAGAUGGAAAGUCGCCCAGCGAUAAAGACAAAACCGACAAAGACGAGAAAUCCAUAAAACAAGAAUCUAGUCCUGCCAGCAGCGAGUUCGGUAUUGCCAUGGGAUAUAGUUCGUCUGGACAGCCCCUAAAUCCAAAUAUGCCCUAUUCACCUGAUGAUAAUUAUCCAGCACAUUCAGGCGAAUCCUUCUGCAGUUCAGACAUAUCCUUAGACGACAGUACAAAUUUCGACCAUCUGGACGAAGGAACAUCAGACACCCUAUCUUUGCAAAAUCUAGAAUUACAAUCUCAUUCCCACCAUGGCGACAGCACUCCCUCAACAGGCAGUGUAACCAAUCCCAUAGAUAAACUCUACCUCAUGCAAAAUUCAUAUUUCAACAGUGAACAGUAAAGGAAUCCCGUUUCCAUGAAAAUAUUGUUAUUUUACCAUGUUUUUUUUUGAAAAUAUUUAUAUUUUGUUAGGUAUUUUUGCUAGUCACUUUUAAAUCCAUAUUUUUUUGUUGUUAUUUGUUUAAUUUUAAUGUUUCUAGUCAAAUCAACCAUUUUAUAUAUUUUUUACUUUACCUUAUUGUAAAUAAAACUAGUAUUUAUAUUUAUGUAUUUUUAGAAGAAACAUUAAUCUGAGUCGAAUUAAUAAU